AGCGCGCGCAGGUGGCGCCGCACCACCGCUGUAGUCGGUUUCCUCAGUCGCGAGGUGUCAGCCGGUCGUGCGGGAAGUUUGUUUUUGCCACUUGCGAUUACGCGACACUCUUCCGAAAGUGUGCAGUAUUUAUCCGCGACGCCUUAUAUCUCGCGCUGUUUCUCUCCCGGACGGAUAGUGCACGCGUAAAUAAUGUGAAUUGCGUGGAAUAGCUUCGCAUCUCCUUUUUUCAUCCUUGUGGCGUCGAGGUGGGAGCGAGCGAGCGAGAGAGAAAGAGAAAGAAAGAGAGAGACCAACGACGACGACGACGAUCGUUUCGCAGUGCGGCGUGCGGUAAGGGGGCAGGAGGAGGAGGGCGCCUCCCCUUCCCGCGUGUGGGUGUGCGUGCCCGAGGGAUAGAUACGCCGUCGUCAAGUGACAGGAGGGCAGAGGGCGAGAAUAACCCAAAUAAAGGUGGUGCGUCCUACGCUCUCUUAUCAUUCGGAUCGGGGGUAACAGAGAGUGUGAAGGAAAGAGAGAGAGAGAGAGAGAAAGAGCGCACGAGAUAGUGAAAACGUGAACCGCGCGCGGCAAAUGACAGCGAAGAGGUGAGGAUCAAUGUGCCGUGAUGGCUGAGGAGGAGCUGCUGGUCACCCUGUGCCGCGGCGACUCCGGUUCCGGCGGCUCCUUUGGCUUCUCGUUGCUCGGCGCCUCGGCGUCGGCGGGCUUGCCGGCCGCCCACGUCAUCUACGACAUCGUCGAGAAUUCCCCGGCGGCCAGGAGCGGCAAGGUCGAAGCUGGUGACGUUAUACUCAGAGUGAAUGAAGUUGAUGUCAAUCGUUUCAGCACAAAAGAAGUGUUGAAAUGUUUGCGGCUUUCUUCAGAUCCAGUCACCUUAAAGCUGCGAAGAGAUCCUGCUGUAAAAGCGCACGUUCGACGUCUUCUUUCUCCCGGACAACCCUCGAACGAUGACGAGACGGAUUCAUCGCAAAAUGCCCUAACGAACAACCCCAAGAACGUCAGCGUUUCUGACAAUGUCGAAAACAAGGAGCUUAGAAAGGCAUCGGACACGCCGGAAGUAUCCGCGGAUUCGCCUGUGCCAACGUCGACGUCGGCGACGACGACGACGAGAAGCAAUGGCUCGUGUAGCGACGCUUCCGUCUCGUCAGAGUUGGAAGCGCUUCUACCGCCCGUGGACAACUUCAAGGAAGAAGAGCGAACUCAAUGGGAGCCACUCUCUGCUGAGAAAUUCCCUCGACAGAAAAAUACGCCUAGGUUCGAAGCAUACAUGAUGACUGGCGAUCUGAUGUUAAAUUUAUCGCGCACGCAGCAGAGCAGCAAUCUGUUACCCAAGCAGCAUCAGCAGCGAAAGGUUGACUCCCUUAGGUACAAUCCCAAUCACCAGCACACCUCCACCACUGUCACCACUAGCACUCAUCACAAUCAUAAUCAUCAUCAUCACCAUCACCAUCACAACUCGGUGCCUAGCAGUCCCAACGAGACCCAACUGGCCCAUCAGCAUCACCACCAUCACCGAGGAAACGCUUACAAGGCCUCCAGCUCAGCCAGUACGUCACCCGUGGGCGCAGCUAGGCGCGACGGUGUACAGGGUACCCCGGGAGCUCUGGUUCAGGUCGAUCCCAGCAAGAACACUCCCUCGAGCUUCGGUUUUGUGCGUACUUCACGAUCGGAAGAUCAUUUGCAAUUUCAAAAGGACCCUUCGAUGAGCGCCGUAGAUAUUGAUAUCGACGACGAUGUUACAUCAAGCCUAAACACACUGUUAGAUCCACGGCCAGAAGGUUUGAUGCCGAACGAACGUAUCGUGUGGACCUAUAACGCGCCCGUCAGCUCGCCGGCUGCUUCUUGCUGUCAGAACGGUGGUUCCUCGUCCUCGUCCUCCUCUUCUUCAUCAUCCUCGUCGACAAGUCCUCAGCGUUCUCUGUCUCCCGCUUCUCCCACCUCCGUCUCGUCCUCCGUUAUGUCCUCCAACUCUGGCUCCCGUAGGUUUCCACCGGUUCAAACUGCUCCUGGAGUCUCCGGCGUUCCCAGUAGUCAUCUUCCCGCUAAUGGCGAUAUCAGCCAGUCGGAAGCUAUCAGCAACAUGUCCAGUCCGGACUACAACGACGAAGAGACGAUGGAUAUUCUCAGUGCACGGGAUAUUAUGAUGGUGAGCGAUCCCAGCGAUAGUGAUUCGACCAUUCUGGCGAGUGAACCGCCCCAAAGGAGGCUAAAAGCCAAUCCUCAAGAUGCUGGGGAGCACAGGAUAGUAAUUCAGGUAAAGGGACCUGAUAAAGAGACCCCGAGGAAUACAAGUCCCAGGCAAGCGAGAAGAAGAAAUCCUAGUGGGGAUCUGGUGCCAUCUGUUGUACCUCAAAAUUUGCCGAGAAAUCAACCUGGAGUUCCUGGAAAUGUGACGGGAUCUAUAGCACCUGAAUGUGUAGGUUAUCAGGAAUUGAAAGAAUGCGAGGAUGAAAAAGAGGUCGUCGGAGUGUCCGAGGAACAGAAGGGAAAUGCAUCGCCGCCGCAGUCGGCAGACGAGGAGAGCGAUAUUGAAAGUUUGCACAGUUUCCACUACAGCCCAAAGGCGGUAGAUUUACCUUCCGCAGUUCGAUUGGCCAAACGUCUUUAUUCUUUGGACGGUUUUAAGAAGUCGGACGUCUCCAGGCAUCUAAGUAAAAACAACGAUUUUAGCAAAGCCGUGGCGGAGGAAUACUUGCGCUACUUCAACUUCGAGCGAGACACACUGGAUGUGGCUCUUAGGAAAUUCCUCGCUCAAUUCUCGUUGACCGGAGAAACUCAAGAAAGAGAAAGAGUUUUGGUACACUUUUCCAAGAGAUAUCUUGAUUGUAAUCCCGGUAGUUUUAACUCGCAAGACGCGGUUCACACGUUAACUUGCGCGAUAAUGCUGCUUAACACGGACUUGCAUGGUCAGAAUAUCGGUCGGAAGAUGUCAUGUUCGGAAUUUAUUGAGAAUCUGUCGGAGCUCAACGAUGGUGAUAACUUCCCUCGCGAAGUACUCAAGCAGCUUUACAAUGCCAUAAAAUCCUUUCCUCUCGAGUGGGCCUUGGAUGAAGAAGGAGAUGAGGCAGCAAAUCAGAUAAUUCAGCAGAGCGAUAAUGCAGCAGUGAUCGCCGGUGGUGGAAAUCCAUUCCUCGAUGUGCCAAAUGUCACGGGUGCCACGGAGUUCAAAAAAGGUUACGUUAUGCGUAAAUGUUGUUACGAUUCCAACGGCAAAAAAACUCCGUUCGGCAAGCGAGGCUGGAAAAUGUACUAUUGUACAUUGCGCGAGCUUGUGUUAUAUUUACAUAAGGAUGAGCAUGGCUUCCGUAACGACAGUUUACACAAUGCUAUACGCAUUCAUCACGCACUGGCCACCAAGGCGACAGAUUAUACAAAGAAGCAACACGUCUUCCGGUUGCAGACAGCCGAUCAGGCCGAGUAUCUCUUUCAAACGAGUGAUUCGAAAGAGCUGCAGUCCUGGGUCGACACGAUCAAUUUCGUGUGCGCCAGCUUCUCAUGUCAGCCGCUCGCGGGCGCCGUCGGCUCUCAACGCAAGUUCCAGCGCCCGUUACUGCCGUGUAGUCAUACAAAAUUAAAUUCCAGAGAGCAAUUGCGAGAUCAUGAAGAGAGAGUCAAUAGAUUGGAAGCGGAACUGGACGAACACAGACGGCAUCCUCCGGAAAGAGGCGCAAAAGCUCUUACUGUACAGAAUUACAAGGAAAAGGAUGCGUAUUUGCAUCACGAGCUGAAGCGGUACAGAACGUACGCCUACUUACUUCGUUCCCGAUUGGCGUUCAGUGAGAUGGAGCCGUCGUCGUUGGUGGAAAGCAGCAUUGGUGAAGUAGAUGAAGGUGCUCUACCUGGACCCGGAGCUCUGGUAAAUGCCGAAGGUGCUCUGAUACCACCGCCGGUCCCUGAACGCCCAACUGCAGCUAAUAGGUACAGUUACCGAGCCGCCAUUUAUAGUGGCAGCGGUCGCAAUCUGCUGAACGGUGGCUACCAGGACUAUAAUCCUGCCAGCGGCGACAUUGGUUGACGUGAUGCUUUCAGCUUGUGCGGGCUAAUCUGACCCAGGUGCUGUUGCUGGUGCUGGUGACGAUGAGACGGUUAACGGUAGAUAGUUUUCGAAUAACGCAAACUAACGAUAUAUCCGGCAACGCGUAUAUCGCACAUCGUAGUGAUGUAUUAAAAUAACGAUAUUGACUUUUCAACAUCUACGUCUUAAAUUAACGAUCUUUCCAUAGUCUUUUUUUAUAUUUUCUAAUGGCAGUAGAGAUACUUGUGGGAUCAAUUAAUAAUAUUAAAUAUGUCAAUAAUUACUGACAUUUUUCUAAAACAAAAAAAUUAGCAAGAAACAUUAAUUUGACGUUUAACAAAUUGCUUUGUGAGAUCUCUUUUAGCUUUCGUUAAUGUGUUCUUUCUUGAAGUUUCUCUCUGAGGUUGUUGAUUCUGAAUUUUUCUCUACUUUUUCUUAUUGUUUUAAUCAGAUACGAAUAUCGUCUUAUUUUAAAGUUAUUAGAUACGAUAAAUAUAGUGUUAUGCUGUGUUGUUAUAUUGUUAGUUUGCGCACAAAUAUUAAUUAUGCAAAAUAAGAAAAAAUAUAUUAUAAACGUUGUGAGGGUUGUUAAGACUGGAUAGAAGAAAGUUUCUGCAUUUUAACUUACUGUUCUGGAAAGUUGAAAAAACGGUAUCACAAAAAAAAUAAUAACAGUUUUUAUGUGAUUAUACGACCUAUUUAAGAAUUUCUUAUUUUAUUAUCAAAAAGAUAUUGCAAUUGUCAUAUUUAAUCUAUUUAUACCUCCGUAAAUAU